AUGUGCGCGGGGAAGGAGCCUCCAGGGCUCGAUCAGGAACGGCAAGCGCAAAAAUGGCUGGUCACAGGAACAUCAGGCGACCCAAUAAUAUCAUUACGCGUCGGGGGAAAUAACAUAGCCAGCGCCCCGCCUGCUUCCCCCGUUGUCGUGGUAUGGGACAUUGAGGUUUGCCUUCCUUUUGCCUCCAAGACUUCGUCGCAUCCUCUCGUCCUCGCGCACUUCCCGCAGCUCCUUAGCCUGCCUGAAACCGAAGAAUUUCGUGGCUGCAAAGAAAAUAGCACGCUCGCAUUCCGAAUUCCUCUUCCUAUGGUCACGAUCAUCGAUGCCGUGCUGGGCGACGAUGCCUCCAGAGCGGAAGGAUAUAUUCGCGUCGCAUCUAUGGCCUUUGCAUUUUAUGAAGAUUAUGACGGGACGCUCUUCUGCUCCAGAUAUACCAGUAUUUUGGUCAUGGUCACGAGCAACUAUGGAUUCUUUGCGACCUCCUUCACAGAGGAGUCGUGUCGGCGGUUUUACUUCGUACCUCCCAUUUUCAAAGAUUUGCAGGCUUCUGUUUCACAGGCAAUCCUGGGAGUCAGCUCGAAUGGUUCUUUGAUUUAUACCGUCGAACUUGGAAAUUGCGUCUCGGGGGUCUCCGGUGCACAUCCCCUGACGUGGGUGUUCUACCUUGUCGCGAUGAUUUACGACCUCAUGGCGCUCGUGCUCUCGACCAUCCACCUAGUUCGGUAUAAGACGUAUAGUGGAAAAUUUUCGUUUUUGGUCCGUGUUAUGAUGUACGACGGACUGAUCUUCCUUGUUGUGCUUACGGCCGUCAAUAUAUUAAACUUGAUCCUUUACCGGCAACUGGACCUCACCACUCAGUCUACGGGAGUUUCGCUCGGAUAUGCCGUCGUUUGGAUAAUGAGUCAACGAAUUCUCAUUCAUCUCCGGGAACUUGUAGGGGAGCGCUCGACAUCCGGGGUCUCGCGAAUCUCCAACGUUGUUGUGCACCCAGGCCGCAGUUUUGUGGUAGGUAGCCAGCACCACCAGCGCACGCCACCAACUCCGCUCCGUGCUACACACUCCUCCGGGUUGUCUCCUCUGGACCAAAAGGGCCUCACGUUGCACGACAUAUCAAACAUCGAUGAUGUUGAUUAUAGCCGUCCACCCUCGUCGCCUGCUCAUUUUCAGCAUCAUCACCCGUUUUCAUCCUCCAAUGACGUUAUAGCACCCGACGACCGGGAUUAUUGUCAUGUUACGGCUGGCAGGGACCAAACCAAGGCAGCUGGCCUCGACGUCCCAAUUCGAUUCCAACGAACGGUCAUUGUUGAUCCUCACCAUUCCAGCAACGAUACCGAGGAUACUGAGGGAGCGUCGGAGAUGCACUUGCCUUCACACGCCAUAUCCAGGGAAAAUGCACUGCCGAUGUGGAGUUAG